CGCACUCAGGUGCUUGCCAGUACCAGAGCUAAGACCGCUGCCGCCACGGCGACACCCUGGGUCCCCCUUAUGUAUGGAGUCCGCGACGUCUUUGGUGAUUCGGACGACGACAUUGACGACAACCGACCCAUCCAUCAAGUUGGGGACACGGAUGAUGACGGCGACGGCGAGGAUGGGGCGAACGGCUGCAGCCGCGACGACUCUGACGAUAGCGUCGCAUGCGUAGAUCCGCCUACCCUUUCUGACAAACAGAGGAAGGGAGGCCGCCCGACCCGCAAGGGACAACGGUCGACGUCUCCGCGGGCCGGCGCGGCCGGUUGUCCCGUCGACCUGGCGAGAGAGCAGCGGGGCGAGGAGGGGGCCACGCGGAAGAAAGCGUCCAAGGGCGCGUCGGGGGAUCCCCUGGAUGUAGAUUCGGGAGUGUCGGAGCAGCCGGCGCCUAGGGGCAAGAAGAAGGCAUCCGUCAAGACUAGGAAGGCCGGUGGGAAGA